CUGCGUCUGAGCCUAUUAUAGUAUUGCUGGUGUCCGCGAUUUUUGGGACUUUCUUGUGUUAACCCGUUUAUUUUAGUCUCAUAAUCGUCAUUCAUCAGUCAUAAGUCGUUACUACUACUUAUAAUUUCUCAAUGCUUUUAUUAAUUAAUUAGUUAUUUUGAACGUUUCACUUUGUCUAUUUUACCGUCAACUAUUGAAUGCUGAUCUAUAAUUAAUUUUUGCUAAAGUCCACUACGCAAUCAUCAACCAUGAAACUGUUUACCCACAAUAUGCUGUCAUCCAAAGUUGUGAAUGGAGUCAAAGUAGGAUAUCCGCUUCGUAUUGUCGCGAAAGACAUUAAGAUAUCUGAAUCUGAAUUCGACAAAGAAUUUGUGAAGAGAAUUAUAUCAAAAAUCAAUUGGAAAGUUUUUGUAAACGCUGCUAAGCAAAUUGGCUAUGGCAAAGACCUAUCUGAAGAGUUAAUCAACAAUUAUGAAAACGAUGAAGAGUACCUCAAAAAAGUACACCAUUUACUCAUGGAAGUGGAAGUUAUGAAUGGUGAACUUAUAUGUCCAGAAACACAUAGGGUGUUUCCAAUAUCAGAUGGUGUACCUAACUUAUUAAAUGAGGAUUAAAUAUAAUAAUCAAUACAUUUAA